AGAGAGAGCUUAUAUAACACCAGCUCUGGGAAAUGCUGGAGAACCGAGGAGACCUUCAGUGGGCAGUGAGCGGGGAAAGCAGCGAUCGUAACGGCCAUAAACUGAUGGGUGAUCGCACAAUACUGCCGUGCGUUACCUCUCCGCCGCGGAAGCUUUCCCCCAAGGAUCAUCCUGGAGUCCGUGGCCCCAGCCUUGGAUAUUAAAUCCUUCUGUUGUGACACAUCCAUUGUUCCACUGUUGCUAUUGGACUCGACAAAGGACCAAGACAAAAUGUCUACAGUAUUGCCAGAUGCUGCUGGUCUUUUCAAGAUUGUAAAGCUACUGCAUUGCCUCUUGAAGCGGGCUCAGAUGCUGCUGCUCUGCCUGGGAAUUGCCUAUCUGAUGGCAGGCAGCAUCCUGCUUCUGCAGCGCUCCAACAUCAGAGUAACCCAGUCAAACCUCGCCAACCUGCCGCCACUGCUGUCCCUCGCAGCACCUCCUAUCGCCAUCGGGACUUCAGGCCUGGGAGUGAGGGCACGCUCCAGAUGGGCCGCCAUUCAGCCUGUGUCCGGAGGGGGAGCCAAGGCAGCACGACACUGGCCCGUUUCCCAAAGCCUGGGGGUCCAACACUUGCAUCGCCGCUGGUUUCACAAUCUGCUGCCAGAUAGUCCGGAGGAGAGAGCCGCUCUUCACAGGAGCAGCAGACAUAAAGGAACCUACAUUGGUUGCUUUCUGCACAAUGCAAGUGAUCGAGCCCUGGGAGGAACCAUGCUUUAUGACCUGCGCAAAAUGACCAGCUCUCUAUGUCAAGACACCUGCUCAGAAAGUGGGUACCAGUUCGCAGGUCUGGAGUAUGGAGCUGAAUGCCACUGUGGGAACCGGAUCAGUAGCCCACGGGCUCCCGAGGAGGAUUGUAGUCUGGUGUGUCGGGGUGAGAGGGGGUCUCCAUGUGGCGGUGUGGGCCGACUCUCCAUUUACAAGGUGGAGGAGCAGCAGCCAGGUCACAGAAAAUUCAGAAACGUUCACUACCGCGGCUGCUUCAAGUUGCCGAAGAGCACCAUCAGCACCUUCCCCAUCCACUCCUUUCAGCCCAACCUAACCACUCAGUCCUGCAUCGAGACGUGCACAGAUAAGGAGCUCCCGCUGGCAGUGUUCAGGGCACCCCACUGUUUCUGCACAUGGACGUCCUCUCUUUUCAGUCUCAGCCAGCAGUCUGACAACCAGCAGUGUGCGGGGAACUACACCAGCACUUCCACACCCACAGCAUCCACUGAGCAUGACCACUUCCACGUGUAUCACACACCUGUCCUUGACUCCAGAUGCAAAGAGAGGAUGUUUCUGCCUCAAAGGUCCAGCUCCCUAGUGGCUCUUUCUAGUUUUCCUGGUGCAGGCAACACCUGGGUACGGCAUCUGAUCGAGCUCGUGACCGGCUACUACACUGGCAGCUUCUAUUUCGACGGCACACUUUACAACAGAGGUUUCAAAGGAGAGAAGGACUACUGGAAGAGUGGCCGCAGCAUCUGUAUAAAGACCCACGAGAGUGGUCAGAAAGAGAUUGAGAUGUUUGAUUCUGCCAUCCUGCUUAUUCGAAACCCUUACCGCUCCCUAAUGGCUGAAUUCAACCGCAAGUGUGCUGGACAUUUAGGCCAUGCCACAGAUGCACAGUGGAAAAGCAAAGAAUGGCCAGAAUUUGUCUCCAGCUACGCCCCCUGGUGGGCAUCUCAUGCUCUGAGCUGGCUGAAGUUUGGGCGCCGCCUGCUGGUGGUGCAUUACGAGGACCUGCAAAAGGCUCUUCUCCCACAGCUGCGUCUCAUCACGGCCUUUCUAAAUGUCACUAUGACUGAGGAGAGGCUGCUCUGCGCCCAGAGCAACCAGGACGGGUAUUUCAAACGCUCAGGGGGCCAGCGGCACUCCUUUGACCCAUUCACUACUGACAUGAGACAGAUAAUUGACCCCUUCAUUCACACUGUUGACCAGGCGCUGCAGAGCAGGAACUUUAGCAGACUUCCACAGGAAUACCUCCCCAGAUGAUAACCUGAGAAGGUCAUACACAUAGUUCUUUAAAUGACUGGUCCAGCAGGGGGGGUUUAGAGAGAAAUUCUUUGAAAGAGUGCUCUGCAGGGGGGCAAACACACACACACACACACACACACACUGGUUGAUAGAAGUGGAUCACUUGACUCUUUGAUGAGCCAAAUGCACUGUGAGUGGCUGUAGAGUCAUUGGAAACACUGGAGGUCACUGGAGAAAACAUAGCAAUUCAGUGUGAAAUCCAAUGGUGAGCAGUGAUGAAAGCCUCAGGCAGGAACUGAGAGCCACAAAUAUGACAAAUACUCAGAGAGGAUUUGACAUGAUUUGUUGGCCUGCAGAGUUGGGAUUAUCCAACAAAGUGCCCGACUGCACAAAUAUGAGUGUGUAAAUCCAGGAUGGACUCAUUUUGGUUGAAGAGGGUUUUCUGUGACUUUAUAAUUUCACUUUAGUACAUAUCUUGUGUUUUUAGCAUACAGUAAACCCAUCUUGACAAAAAUUACAAAUUAGACUAACAUAGAUGACAACCACAGCAUUAGCAUUACCCACAGUCUACUGAAUUUCUGUGGGAAUCCACUGAUUGAUUCAAGUUUGCAAUCAUGAUAGACGAAAGCCUCAAACUGCUACAUGCCACUUUAGGAAUUCUCCAUUUGACCGCACAUGAAUGCAGAAAUAUGUUUUGUGCUUUAUGCUUUGAACUGUAAAUGAAAUCCAGCUGUUUCUAUGAGUAUUUUAUUUCAUUAAAUGCAGUUGUUUACA